AUGUCCCUGUUCUUCAAGGGAUACUGGUCUCCCAAGACGGAGGAGUUUGUCGUGACUGAAACCGACGACCUAACGGCCAUUCUGGUGGACUCGACCGACGCCACGCCCCACGGAAAGUGCAACGCCGUGUACAUCGGCUAUGCGCCGUCGACGGCUCAGGUUGCCGCUCUCACGGCCUACUCGGCGCAGUACAAGGUCCGUCUCGUGUACUUCCCUUCCGCUCUCACCCACACCACCGACGAGUUUACGGCGAAGCUCGGGAUCCAGACCUACUUCGCCGGGGACAUCGUGACCCCUGCGUACGUGCAGCUCACCACCCUGGGCGGUGAGAAGGUGUCUAUCACGCAGCCCGGCUUCCAGACCGACCCGAACGUCUUCAGCCCCCCCCUGUUCAGCUACCCGGUGAUCAUCAACGCGGUUCCUGAGGAGGGGGUGGUCGAGGUUCUCGCGCAACUGGCGCUAAAUAUCUGGGGAACGAACGAGGCCGCCGUCGCCCAGCGGUGUACGGGCCAAGACCUGAGCAACCUGCUCGGCGUACAGCAGUCACUCAACACCCAGUACUCGGGGUCGGAAAUCAUCACCGAGUUCGCCUUCAACGGCGGCGGGAUUGCGGAGCAUGUUUCGCAAUCGGUGGAAGACAUCUCGUACGUCCCCAACUACGAGGAGACCAUGGUGACCCUCAAGGGCACCAAGUGGUUCGAAGACGGACAGCCAUUUCUGGCCAAAACAUUCCCAUCGGUUGAGCUAGUGCACGCUGGCCGGUCGAUACAAAGGCCCGCUUACGCAUGUUUCAAGCGCGUGUCUUGGGUACUUGCCUAG